AUGAAGAUAUUUUUCAACCACUGUCCUCCAAUAGUAAGUUGGAAGAUAUUUGGAUCGGUCGACCAAAUAGAAGAAAAUAGAGAAACCUUAGAUUUACGAUUAAAUUAUGAAACUACAUUAUACCCAUACGGCUAUACUUUACCACAACUCAAACUGGUAUGCCAAGAACAAAAUAUAAUUAUACUGAAAGGUGGAAUAGGGGUUUUAAUACACAUCAGUCGGUUCAUGCCUUCCAGCUCUUUGGAACUUUAUCAAAGCUAUUAUAAAAAGAACAAAUAUUAG